AUGGUCCCAAAAUCUUUGGUUGACUUUCUGCCCGCCAACAAAGAUACCAACCUUUCUGAUUCGUCUGGACACGGCCCAUCUACUCUCCCAGAAAUUGACAAUCCACAACAGCACAGAAUUCAAAGAGUCCUUUUGACAUUGCACAACUCUCUUCAAACGGCGUUCACUGCGAUUGGACUCGGUCGAAAAUACCCUAGGCGCCCCUCAUUUGAGCCUGACAAAUUCAUUCCAUCCUCGCUAUUAGCUACAAUGUGUCCAACAAUUGCAAAUGAGCACAAUACUCAAGAACUUGACCCAUCACAUGGGGUCUCUGGACCACCCUAUCCCUUCGCCAACAUGACCAUCUACCGUCUUAUCAUGUGGAUGAAUUCUGGUAGCCAUCACAAAUCAGAGGCAGAGGUAUCAUGUCUUGUUAAAGAUGUGGUCCAGGCGGAGGAUUUCAAUCCCAAGGAUCUGGAUGGAUUUUCGGUAAGGAGGAGUCUGUGCGCGUUGGACGAUAACGGCGGAAAGGGGACUAUCACCUUUCCGGAUGACUGGCGGGAGACGGAUAUCACGAUCGAGAUACCUGUGAGGUCAAAGGAGGACUCAUCCAGGUCAUUUACCAUCCCUGGCUUCCACUAUCGCCCACUGGUUGCCGUGAUUCGUUCUGUGUUCGCUGAUAUCCAAGCUAGUGCAUACCAUCAGUUCCCUUUUCAGCGCGUGUGGAAAUAUCCCCUAGAUGGCCAUCAAGAAUGCGUGUUUGAUGAGCUCUACACCUCAGACUCCUGGUUAGAUGCUCAGGAUGACUUACAUAGGCAGCCAAGAGAACCUGGCUGUUCGCUGGACCAUGUUAUUGCUGGACUCAUGUUCUUUUCAGAUGCAACACAUCUUGCGACUUUCAGAAUGGCCAAAGUGUGGCCCCUUUACUUAUACUUUGGAAAUUUAACGAAGUACACGCGCUCAGCACCAAAAUCCGGCGCAUGUCAUCUUGUCGGUUUUUUCCCUUCUGUAGGUGAAUUGCCUCCCGCACUGUUGUCUCUCUCACAUUGA